AUGGCACGCCCUUUUUUGGAGGAUGUACUGGAUGAGGAAGCGCUCAUCAUCAGACGAGCCUUUGGACGUGAAAGAGUUUUCAGGGACAGGUCAGACCCAUUGGUGUUUGGAGAUGACUAUCUCAUUGAGAGAUACAGAUUUUCUGGUAAUGGACUGAGGUACCUAUGUAGGCUCCUCGGUCCUGAAAUACAGCACCAGACUGUAUUUAGCCAUGCCCUAACUGUACCAUGGAUGGUCUCUGUAACAGUGAGGUUCCUUGCAAGUGGAAGCUUCCUGUAUUCUGUUGGGGAUGCAGAGAACCUCAAUAAAGGUACCAUUCACCUCGCAGUAAGACGUGUUUGCCUGGCCCUGAAGUCACUCAUCCACAUCUUCAUCACCUUCCCUGGCCACAGAAGACUUCUCUACAUCAAGGAGGACUUCUACAAGAUUGCAGCUUUCCCUAAGGUGAUUGGUGCAGUGGACUGUACCCACAUUAGAAUUCAACGUCCCUCAGGGGAACAUGAGGGAGAUUAUGGCAACAGAAAAUCUUUCCACAGCAUCAGUGUUCAGAUGAUCUGUGAUGCUAACUGCCUUGUGAGCGAUCUAGAGGCAAAGUGGCCUGAAUCAGUCCACGACUCCAGAGUCUUCAGGGCUAGUCCAAUUCACAGGACACUCUUACAAGAUAAGCCACACAUAUUUGCAAGCACCUUGGAUAUUAUGAGUGUGCUACACCUUCUGAAAUCACGGUUUCAGUGCCUGCACCACCUGAGGGUUUCCCCACCCAAUGCAUGUGAUGUCAUUGUGGCAUGCACAGUGCUGCACAACAUAGCAGGCGUACGAAAGGAGAGGGCCCGCGUGUGGCUGUUGAAGUUGUCUGGGAAAAUGCUGCCAUCUUCCCAGACAACAUUGCUGACCAAUUGUACCCCACUGAGCCCGUCUUGA